UAGUUGGUUUGACGUGUAUCAUCGCUAGAGAAAAAUCAAUCCUUCUCGAGAUUCGAAGCGAGAAACAUGGAGCCAAGCAGUGUAUCUACCCGUGCGCUCAGAAUCAAAAAAGACCCCCUCAGAGUGUUAACUGAAAAUAAUGAUCUUAAUAUAAUUAUCAAUACCCGGGAUAUUAAAAAUUCGGUUCGACCGCUUCGAAAGUACAAUGAAAAUCAUGAUGACUUGCGAAUUAAGUCUAAUAAAAGUAAAGACGUGAAGCUCAAUGGGGAUGUAUUAACGCUUACAAAAGUAGAAGAUCAUUCCAAAAAUCAUUGUGAAAAUAUAAAGUGCAGCGACGAUCGUGAAAAUCAAAACCCAAACAAAGUAAAAACUGCAGAGUCGGUAAAACGAGACAUUUUCAGCGACAAGGCAAAAAGUUCGAUCACGAUAUUUGACUCUAUACUUGGUAAGGAAAAUCGUCAAGAUGUCAAAUGCAGCGACGAUCGUGAAAAUAAAAAAGUGAUCAAAGCAGAAAGUGCAGGGGCAGCAAAGAAAGAAAUUUCCAGUGAUGAAGCAAAAGGUUCGAUCGCGAAAAUCGACUGCGAACUUCAUCAGAAAAAUCGUCAAGAUGAAAAAUGUAGCCACGACAGUGAAAUUUCCAGAGAACUCGAUGAGAAAAUGAAUAUUUUCUCGCCCAAUCUUGAUGCGAGUCGAAAAGCACCGAGAGAAAAGGAGACCGUGGAAGUUCGCAUCGGCACGGCGAGCGAUAAAAUAAUCACACAAUGUAAUUUGUGCGGAAAAAUAUUCAACAAACCAUCCGGUCUCUGCAGGCACUUCAAAUCGUCGCACAAGGGUCGCUCUUACGCGUGCGAGAAGUGCGACAAGAUAUUCGGAAAGAGAGGAACUCUCAAGGCCCAUGUGGAUGUGGCGCAUCCCUCGCGCAUCUAAUGACUCGUAACAUUUAUACAAUUUAUAUUCACUUUUGUGUAAAAAAUCUCGAUACACGAUGUAGUGCAUCUAUUCAGAAGACUAAUUAAAAAAUUUUCAUUCACUGCAUA